AUGGCACCCCAGCGACAAGCUUUGUUACUCUCAUCAUCAAAUUGUCACGGGUAUUCGAUGUUAGAAUUCGCCAAACAAGAAAUAUGUAAUAUCCUCAAGAAGAACAGUAUCAACGAGUUAGUCUUCAUUCCAUAUGCUCAGAAGGACUAUGACAGUUACACCGCUAAAAUAAAAGAAGUUAUUGAACCAUGGGGUUUUACUGUGACUGGAUUACACAGCUACUCAAAUUUAACUGAAAGAAUUAAUAAUGCCAAGGCUAUAUUUGUAGGGGGAGUUAGUGAGACACACAAGGGUGAAACAAGAGACCAAAGAAUUUAUGAAUAUUUGGAGAUGGCUGAUUCUAAUCCUGUGCUAGGGUUAAGAGAAGGGUCCAUGUUGCAUAUUGAUGGGUAUAAAUUAACUAUAAAAGGAAUUGCUGGUGGAGUUUUAUUCCAGAAGACAGACAAGAAACCUGUUGUUAUUGCACCAGAUUCCGAUGUGUCAUUUUUAAUUGAACAAGAUAAAGAACUUUAG